GAUGAUUCUCUUUCGACUGGGCAAAUGGGUUGAAUCGAAUGACAUGUUGUCAGAUACACAGUUUGGUUUCCGCAGAGGCAAAGGGACGAACGACUGUCUUGCGUUGUUUUCUUCAGAAAUUCAGCUUGCCUUUGCUCAAAAGCAGCAAAUGGGCUCAGUGUUUUUGGAUAUUAAGGGGGCUUUUGAUUCAGUUUGUGUCGAUGUUCUUUCCGACAAACUACACGACAGUGGCCUUUCACCAAUUCUGCACAACUUUUUGUAUAAUUUGCUGUUUGAGAAGCAGAUGAGUUUCGCUCAUGGCGACUUGACAGUUUCACGAAUUAGCUACAUGAGCCUCCCCCAGGGUUCAUGUCUAAGCCCCCUUCUUUACAACUUUUAUGUUAGAGACAUAGAUGAUUGUCUCAUGGAAAAUUGCACGUUAAGACAGCUUGCGGAUGACUGUGUUGUUUCUGUAACGGGAUCAAUAGCAGUUGAUCUGCAAGGACCACUACAGGAUACUUUGGACAAUUUGUCUACUUGGGCUCUCAAGCUGGGUAGGGUAUCGAGUUCUCUCCGGAGAAAACUGAGAUGGUUGUCUUUUCUAAAAAACACAAACCGGCUAAGUUUCCGCUCAUUCUGAUGGGUAAGACAAUCACUCAUAGCAUGUCUUCACAAUACCUCGGCGUCUGGUUCGACUCCAAAUGCACCUGGGGGAAGCACAUUGUGUAUCUGAUACAGAAAUGCCAAAAACGAAUCAACUUUAUGCGAACUAUUACCGGAACAUGGUGGGGAGCACAUCCGGAAGAUCUGAUCAGGCUGUACCAAACAACCAUUCUCUCGGUUUUAGAAUACGGUAGCUUCUGUUUUCAAUCCGCGGUGAAAACACACUUGCUGAAGCUUCAACGGGUUCAGUACCGUUGUCUUCGGAUCGCGUUAGGUUGCAUGAACUCGACUCACACAAUGAGUUUAGAGGUACUUGCUGGUGUACAGCCUCUGACAGACCGCUUUGCGCAGUUGUCGUUCCGGUUCUUCAUCCGAUGCGAGGUUCUGAAUCCGUUAGUCAUAGAAAACUUCGAAAAGCUGCUCGAACAGAAUCCCCAAACACGUUUUAUGAGUGUGUACUACUGGUACAUGACGCUGGAGGUAAGCCCAUCUCCGGUUAACACCAAUCGUGACAACUUCUCAGACUUCGACAGCUCCUCUGUGGAUUUUGAUCUCUCUAUGAGGGAUGAGAUCACCGGUAUACCGGAAUCUUUUCGUUCCAUAGGUAUUCCACAAAUUUUUGCAAGUAAGUUCGGGCAUGUUAGCGGGGCCAGACAGUUCUUCACAGAUGGUUCCAAAGCCGAUGAAUCGACUGGAUUCGGUGUCUACAGCGAAUUUCAUAGCGCCACCUUUAUGCUUCGAAAGCCAUGUUCGGUAUAUAUUGCUGAGCUAGCGGCUAUAUACUACCCCUUAGAGUACAUUCGCACUCUCCCACCUGAGCACUACUUCAUUUUUACCGACAGUCUAAGCUCUCUGGAGGCUGUUCGGUCAAUGAAACCGAUGAAGCACUCAGUGUACUUCCUGAAUGGAAUACGCCAAGUCUUGAGUGCUUUGUCCAAACGCUCAUACAUCAUCACCAUAGCUUGGGUCCCUUCACAUUGCUCAAUUCCGGGCAAUGAGAAAGCGGACUCUCUGGCUAAGGUGGGAGCUAGCGAAGGCGAUGUUUACGAGCGUCAAAUCGCCUUCGAUGAUUUUUUUUGCAUUGGCCCGUCAGGAGACCUUGAUCAGCUGGCAACACAAAUGGAGAGAUUGAGAGAUGGAUAGAUGGUUGCACUCCAUCAUUCCACAGGUGUCGAAGAAGCCAUGGUUCAAAGGGUUGGAUUUGAGCCGCGAUUUCAUUCGUGUAAUGUGUCGGUUGAUGUCCAACCACUAUUUGUUGAACGCAAAUACCUUCCGUGUCGGGCUCUCAGAAAGCAAUAUCUGUGUCUGUGGCGUGGCUUACCAGGAUAUCGAACAUGUCGUGUGGGGAUGCAAUGAGUAUUGUGAGGUCAGAUCUGAGCUACAUGAAAUUCUCUGGGUCCGAGGAAAACAACAGAAACCCGUUAGAGAAGUGUUGGCAGGACUUGAUUUGGAAUACAUGAACCUGAUUUACCAGUUUUUGAAACGUGUUGAUGUCAGAGUAUGAUGUAGUUCGUUCCUUGUUUUCGUUGUCUGCCUUUUGGUUUUGUUGUUCGACCCUGUCUGUCGUCGCCCCCCUUCCAAUAAAGUCCUUUCUUUUUGGUUCCGUUACAGAUAUGGACAAUUUGUCACAUCAAUGUUUUUAGUAUAAGUUAGCGAAUAAUUUUGUUUUUAAACCCAUAACCCAUCCUUCCCAAUUUUAUUUUUUUUAUUUAAUCCUUUACCUCGAAACAGCCGCGAGUACUUCGGCUUCCCAAACUAACAUAGUCUUAAGGCAGUAAUAAAUUGUAAAAUGUAAAACCAUUGUAAAAACAAGAUUUCGGCUCAGUUAUGCCCAUGUGGCGCCCGAGCCUUCCAAAUAAAAGAAUAAGUAAAAAAAACAAGAAACUUUGAAGAGAAAUCUUACACGUUUAAAUGGGAUAUUUGAGUUAUUCAACUCAAUGUUACGGUAGUGGUGUCAUCGAGGCUACUGAAUAACCAGCUCUUAAAGUAAAAAAAUAACACCCAGUAUGAGCGUCCUUGUAUGUAUAUAAUAAAAAAAAACAACCUAUUGCGCAAAAUUGGGGUUAAAUCUCCUUGUACAUUAGGGUCAUUUUUACCCAUUCCGUACACUACGUCAGCAAGCUGUUCCCAACUUGAUGCCUUGAGUUCGGUCACCGUGGCUCUUUCAUAUGUGUAAGAACAAUAUUGUUUAAUUGUUUUCUCUCACAUACUUGUAUGAAGAAUCUCUUUUGUGAUAUUAUUGGAAUUUUUCUUACGCUCUGUCAAAUAUUGACAAAAUGCCAUGUAGAUAUUUAAUGCCCUUACAAAUUCCAGCAAUAUAUACUUUGUGAAUAUUCUGAUUUUUUGUGCCCACAGGCGAGCAAAAAGUCUCAUUUGUGAUAAUUAAAUGUAUUGUUUCGCAUCCUUAAUACAUUUGAAUCACCUAUAUGGCCAUUUCCAAGUUUUGGCGAUAUUAUAUAUUUUCAACGCUCUCACAAACAUAAAGAAAUCUCCUAUGUGAUUUUUCAUAUGUUUGCGCACUCACGAAUUUAAGAUUGUACUUUGGUAUUCCUGUAGGUGUAAAAAAGUUAUUUUAUGAAAUUGGAAAUCCGUAUUUUUUUUCAUUUUUCUAGGUGUAAUAAUAUCAACUAUCGAUAUUGUUGCACCCACAAAUGAAAAACACAUUCCCGACAUUCAAACUUUUCUGUGCGCUUCCAAUUCUAAGAGGCCGUUUAUAAACUUCGAAGAGUUUAUAGGAGGAGCGAAGGCUGGUCUGGCAAAAAUGGA